AUGUCCAUAAACAAUUUCUACCUCCAAAUCUCAUCCAAACAACAACAACAUUACAUUGCCGGCAACAACAAACGGACCCAAGCCCAACAACAAUCCCAAACGCUUCCUCUUCCUCCAACUCCUCUUCCCCAUCCCCCUCCAAAUUCCCCUCCCACCCCUCCAAUUGGUCGCCGCUGCACCACCAAAUCCCCAAUUGGCUCUCCUCUUUCCCCUCCUCCGUCGUCGCCGCCCCCAAUUUAA